CUGCCCAUCUGCAUGUUAUUCAGCUGAAGCCUCUAGGGAUAAAGAGGAGCCACAGGCACAGACUGCGAGUGAGGGAGGAAGCAAAAGAGCUUUUCUUUUUUAAAUAAGGAUCUGGUUAGACUGCCUUGAAGUGCCACAUCUGGAAACUGAAAGCUGAGAGAAAGUUAAAAUAUCUGAGGCACUACUAAACGAAGGGGGGUGGAGGCUGAUUGCAGAAGUGGGUAAACAAUUACUAAGAAGCUAGAAGACCACUGCUGGAUGUAAGGGGAGGAAAUGGCUUUGAUCUCAGCCUGGCCCCUUCUUUUUCCUAUAUUAUUCUUCUUGGGAUGUUUCUUCUCCAGUGCUGCCUCAAGCGAGGGCAGCGUUUUUCAUUUUGACAUUGAAGGUAGCGCAGCGGUCAGCAAUCAAGAAUCCGCUGUUAUCAGAGGGCAGCAGCAGUCAGUUGCUACUGGAAGUUGGGUGCCUUUUGCUGAGAAAUGCCAAGAAGGAUUUUAUCAAACUGCUUCAGGAGAUUGUUCCCGUUGUAACUGUAAUGGUAAUGCAAACAAGUGCCUUGAUGGAUCUGGAAUCUGUGUGGACUGCCAGAGAAACACCACUGGAAAGCACUGUGAAAAAUGUCUGGAUGGUUACUUUGGGGACAUCGUCAGAGGAGUGCCCACAUUCUGCCAGCCCUGCCCUUGCCCAUUGCCAUUAGUUGCCAAUUUUGCAGUCUCCUGUCAGAGAAAAAGUGGGGUAGUGCGCUGUGUCUGUAAAGAAAACUAUGCAGGACCCAACUGUGAAAGGUGUGCUCCAGGUUACUAUGGAAAUCCUUUGCUGAUAGGAAGCAUUUGUAAAAAAUGUGACUGCAGUGGAAACUCAGAUCCUAACCUAAUCUUCGAGGAUUGUGAUGAAGUGACAGGCCAGUGCCGCAAUUGCUUGCGCAAUACCACAGGAUUCAAGUGUGAACAAUGUGCUCCUGGCUAUUAUGGAGAUGCCAGAAUUGCUAAAAACUGUACAGAGUGCAAUUGCAGAGGAGGACCCUGUGACAGUCGAACUGGAGAAUGUCUAGGAGAGGGCCUUACAGGCACCGAUUGCCCAACAAUCAGUUGUGAUAAAUGCAUUUGGGAUUUGACUGAUGACAUCCGAUUAGCAAUUCUCUCUAUUGAUGAAAGCAAAUCAAUUUUGCGGAGCAUUUCCAGUGGUAUUGCUGCUCACAGACACUUGAAUGAACUCAACUCCACUGUUUCCUUCCUCAAGAUGAAACUGUCAGCAAAAGAAAAUCAUUCUGUGCUUAGGAAGAUCCACAUCGAUAAUGCUGAGACUGAAACGGCCAGUCUCCUCUUAGAAAUAGAGACACUUGAAGAACAGGGAAAUCAAGCAUCAAGCAAAGGCCUACUGGUACAGAAGGAAACCAUGGCGACCAUUAACCGUGCUACUCAACUUGUGCAGCAACUCGGCAACAUGAGAGAUAACAUCCAAGAAAUUAGCAGCAAGAUAAAAUACUAUGGAAUCCAGCAUGAGCUAAGCACCGAAGAUAUCAUUCAGAAGCUGAACUUGGCAGAGGAGAUGCUGAGGGAAAUCCAGCAUCGCAAGCCUUUCACCAAUCAGAGACUGCUUGCGGAUGAUGAGGCUGAUGCUGCACAAGAGUUACUAAGGCAGGUUGAGGAGUGGCAGCUGAGGUAUAAUGACACCAGAUCUCUGCUUCCCAUCGUAUUGGACCAGCUCAAUGACUAUAACAUGAAGCUGUCAGACUUACAAGAGGCUCUGGACCAGGCUCGUGACUAUGUCAGGCAAACGGAGGAUACAAAUCAGGAAAAUACUGCCAAACUCCAAGAGAAUGAG